UCGGAGGAAAGCAGUCAGACUAGUCCUCAGGAUGGAGAAGUCAACCUCAGCCGCUGAACUGAGGUUCAGUCGCUGUCGCCGCGCCGCAGUGGUCGGAGGUCCCCGUCUUGGUGCAUGCCCUCGUCUCCGCCGAGUUGCGCCGCCGUCCUCCUAUAUACGAACAUUGUCACUGGAUAAAGUAUUUCAGUGUGUUACGAUGCCUAUUUGGCCUUCGGUAUUGUUGCUACUGCCCUUCCUCUGCCCGGUGCUGGGCGGCAGCUGUGGAGAGGCUCGCCUCUGUUGCAAGGGUCGCGACUCCUCCUGCGUUGUCCAGAAGGCGCCCAUAAAUGCCAUCAUCGAGGACUUGGACGACAGACCUUGCUACUGUGACCACGCGUGCCUACAGUUAGGAGACUGCUGCCCAGACUUGAAGGAAGCCUGUAAAGUGGUGGAUUGUGAAGUAUCAGAAUGGAGCAGUUGGGGUGAGUGUAACAUCGAUUGUGGACCAGGGGUCAUGAAACGAUCAAGGUCAGUUAUCAGACACAACCACAACGGAGGCAAACAUUGUCCUGCCCUGGUGCAGAAAAGAGGGUGCUUGGGUACUGACUGUCCUCACAACCCCAGGAGCGCCCUUAAGGAAACUGCUAUGUUGCUUCCUGCUUCACUAGCCUUCAGCAGACGAUCCAAUGAAACUGCUGAUAUUACCAAAAAUUUGAGACUCCGGUAUCCAAAAGAUCAGUUAGAAGAGCAAAGACAAGAGUACUGUGUGCAGUUUAAAAUCAUGAAAGCUUCCAAGGGCUGUAGGAAGGUGCCAGACUUUGCCUCAUUAAGAGAAGGUGAAGUAAAAUGCGUGCGCUGUGAGCUGCAAGCAAUGCGGAAACUGCUUGGUUACCGCUGCAAGGGCCAUGGCACCAUGGAGAGAGCCACAAGAUGGAUGGCACUCUCGGCUCACCAGUGUCACGGUCAGUGGGUUCGACUGGAGCAUCAUCAUCACACCGAUGACUCCUGUUCCAACUGUCCGAGCAGGGGCGACUUCAUCUUCAUUUAACCACUUGCAUAGAACAUAAAAAGAUGUGCCAAUAAUAGUAAAUCCAAAUUUUCUACUUAAUAUUAUUAACAGUUUUCUUGGCUGUCUGUACUAUGUUUUCCAGUUUGUUGUUCUCAAUAGCCUGCAUUGCGGUUUCUUACACCAGUGCGUAGUACCAUUAAGUCACUACAGUGUAUUUUAUGAGAUGCGUAGUCAUCUAUAGUGAUCUAUACAUGUUUAGAGUAAAUCAUGGAAUCGCUCACAGCAACACUAUAGCAAUAAAAGGGUUACUGUUGAUCGUUUGCAUACAGCAUAUGUCCAAUACUCACACUGGUCAAGGCAUGAGUAUCAACACUCUCCGAUCUAUCUAGAUGUAUAAAUUUUCUAGUAAUUCCCGUAUUGACCAGAAACAUUACUCAGGUAUCAAGACAACUUGAGAAUACAGCAUUCAAACUUACAAAGAUUCUCAAAACCGCCAGAUCAAAGCUUUUCAUCAAGGUUUUAUGGUUCAUACUGCAUAAAAAAAUUGCUGUAGAAGUGUAUUACUGGUCUUGCCAGUUUGGGUUGAAGAUUUGUUGACUCUCCACAGCAAGGCCAAAUAUUUUCAGUUUGAUGAUAGUCAAGAUGCAUAUAAGCCUAAGAAUUAAUAACAGCUUGAUUACACAGCAAAAGACCAGAGAUUGGUUACCACUCUUUUAUUUGAUCUAUAACUUACUAUGUAGUAACAUUAAGACAAACAAUUUUUUUGUGAGGAUGAAAAUAAAGGCAGAUGCUGAGAAGACUGCAAAUAAUAAUAAUUUACUUAAAACUUGCAAGCAGUUGAUCUUUUAAGUAAUAACAAACCAUCAAGACUUGCUCGAAUGGACUAGCCAGUAGGUGACUAUAGAGUAACACUAUAGGGACCAACCAACAAUUUAAAUCAUCAACAAUCUUAUAAGAUGAAAGAAGUCUUAUUUGUUGGAAUAUAGAAAUCUUCAUUUGUUGGUAAAUUGUUGUUCCUAUUAACCUGUCGAUGCCCUUGGUCUUCGGGCAAUAUCAUAUUGCAUUAUUUAAAAAAUCAUACCAUUUAAAAAUAUGAUAGUAUACUGCAUAUGACAUAUUGAGGUUAAAUGAAUUUUUGGCAUUAGAACGAAUUUGAAACUAAAAAAAGUGUUAAGACAAGAAUUUUGCAAGACUACAUGUUUACAAAGUUUAUGUGAUUUACAAUUAUCUAUUUUGCUCUUAUAUGAUUGUCAUAUAAUAAAGUUAUUUACAAGAUAAAGUAUAAUUGUAUAUGUAUGUAGUUAUAUAUCUACCAAUUACAAUCUAAAAGAUUAUUAGAUUAUUGUAUUCUAAGUUGCCAUUUAGUUAUAACUUCUUUUGUAAUAUAUUUUUGAAACUUGUACAAACA